GCUUUGAGCUUGUGUAAGCAGGAAGUGUGUGUUAAUGUGUGUGUGUGUGUGUGUGUUCAGGCUUCAGACGCUCUGGGAACAGGAAGUGUGUGCAGUCGGUCUACAGAAAGCGUCUCUGACUCGAGUGUUGCUGCGUUUCCAGGGAGACCGACUUCUUCUGGUCCUCGUCAUCACCGUCCUUUUCAUGUUGGCCCUGUUUGUUGGUUCAGGCGUCCUGGUCCAUGAGAUCCUCAGUUACGUGGUCCACCCGGAGAUGUGGUCGGUGUUCGGGGGCGUGGCUCUGAGUCUGGUUCUGGUCUCUGUGGAGCUGUUCAGAGUCGGCUGCCUCAGUCUGAGCUGGGCCAUGAACCUGAGGACAGGGAUCAGGCUGAAGACAGGUUUCUGUAUGCUGGGCUUCAACAAGAUCGUCUCUCUGAGGACACACAGCGGAGUCUCUUUGGGACAGAUGGUGCGUGUCCUUACCAGUGACAGUUACCGGGUGUUUGAGGCCGUCCUGUUGGGUCCUCUGGUGCUGCCGUUCCCUCUGCUGCUCAUCCUCUGCUCCGUCUACUCCUGCUACAUCCUGGACUACACCGCCCUCAUCGGCUUCUUCAUCUUCCUCAUCUUCAUCCUGCUGCAGUUAGUGUUUGCCAGGCUCAUUAACGUGUACCAGCAGAGAGCUUCAGCCAUCACAGACACUAGAGUCCGAACCGUGAGCGAGGUCCUCACCUGCAUCAAACUGAUCAAGAUGUACGUGUGGGAGGAGUCCUUCGAGAGGAAGAUCACAGAAAUCAGGACAGCAGAGAGAAGGAUUUUGGAAAAGGCUGCCCUCAUCCAGAACUUCAGUGUGACCAUCAGCCCCCUCGUCCCCAUCAUCGCCGCCACCUGCACCUUCAUCGUUCACACCUGGUUGGGUUUGCCUCUCAGCACCAGCACAGCUUUUCCUGUCGUCACCAUUUUCAACUGCAUGAGGUUCAUUCUGUCCAUGUCGCCCACGGCGGUCAAGUUCCUGGCUGAAGCUGCUGUUUCAGUGACUCGUCUCAAGAGGUUACUGCUGAUAGAGAAUCCAGAGUCGUACGUCAUCCAGAAGACAGACCACAGGUCAGAAGCCAUCAUCAUGGACAAGGCCACACUAUCCUGGACUAAACCACUCCACCCCCACAACACAGAGGACAGGGACGACCUGGAUCACAAAAGCAGACACACUGAAGUGAUGCCCACCCUGAGAAGUGUCUCCUUCACCCUCAACAAGGGCAAACUGCUGGGUGUGUGUGGGAAUGUUGGCAGUGGGAAGACGUCGCUGAUCUGCAGUCUGUUAGAACAGAUGCACCUGCAUCAGGGAUCAGUCUCAGUUAACGGAUCGAUCGCCUACACCUCCCAGCAGGCCUGGGUCUUCUGUGGGACUGUGCAGGACAACAUAGUGAUGGGGGAACCUUUGGACCGCUCCAGGUACGACAGAGUCCUGAGCAGCUGUAACCUGGAGGCCGACCUCCGCGUCCUGCCUCACAAGGAUCAGACCGUGUUAGGAGAACAGGGGGUGAGCCUGUCGGGGGGGCAGAAACAAAGGAUCAGUCUGGCCAGAGCUGUCUACUCCAACAAAGACAUCUACCUGCUGGACGACCCGCUAUCAGCUGUGGACGCCCAUGCAGGGAAACACAUCUUUGAGGAGUGCAUAAAGAAAGAUCUGCAGGGGAAGUCCAUCAUACUGGUCACCCACCAGCUGCAGUACAUGGAGUUCUGUGAUGAGGUCCUGGUCCUGAAGGACGGCUCGGUCCUGGAAACAGGAAGUCACCUGGACCUGAUGAAGGUGGAGGGACACUACGCUGAGCUCAUCACCAAACACCUGAAGGAGCAAACCACACCUCAAGAAGAAGAAGAAGACAAGAAAAAGAAGGAGGUGGAGCUGAACGGUCACAUGGACCGAGGCAUCGUCAAUCCAGCAUUGGACAUGACAGAUGAAAACACAGACGCACCUUCACCUGACUGCAAAGCCGCUGAUCAGCUGAUCGAUCAGGAGAACAGCACACGAGGUUUGGUCACAUGGAGAACGUUCCACCAGUACAACAAGGCAGCAGGAGGAUUCUGCGUGAGCUUCUUCAUCCUCCUCAUCUUCAUCGUCCUCAUCACUAAUGCAGCUUUGAGCUACUGGUGGCUCAGCUACUGGCUCUCCCAGGGUCACGGGACCGCCAACGUGACAGCAUCGGAGCAAGGCAACGUCUCAGUGAACAGCGACCUUCUGUUCUACCAGCUGAUGUUCGCUCUGAUCAUCGUCCUCCUGCUGAGCGUCUGCACGCUCAAAUGUCUCUGCUUCAUCAAGAUCACGUCCCACGCCGCCACCACGCUGCACAACGGCCUGCUGAGGAAGGUCCUGGACAGCCCGAUGAGGUUCUUUGAGUGGAAUCCGAUGGGACGCAUCCUCAGCUGUUUCUCCAGGUACCAGGACGAGGUGGAUUCUUUAGUCCCUCACCACCUGAACGCUCUGCUUGUCUUCUGUCUGAUCGCCGUCUGCGCCUGCGUCGUCACCUCCGUCAUCUUCCCCAUCAUGCUGCUGCCGCUAGUCCUCCUCAUCACGCUCUUCGCUCUGCUCCUGAGGAUGUUCCUGAGAAACAUCUGUGAGUUAAAGAAGAUGGAGAACAUCAGUCGUUCUCCCUGCAUCUCUCUGUGCUCCUCCAUCGCUCAGGGCCUCAGCACCAUCCAGGCCUACAACAAGACAUGGCAGUACACACAACUGUUUCAGAGACUCUCUGACAUCAACGCCAACCACUUCCUGCUCUUUAACUACGCCAUGCGUUGGCUGUGUUUCCUGGUCGACUCUCUGUGCGCUGUCAUGGCGCUGCCGGUUGCUCUGCUUGUCAUCUUCAGCUCCAAUGAUAUCCGCAGCCCCCCCAUGAAAGCCCUCGCCCUGUGCUUCAUUGUCCAGCUGACCAGUAACUGUCAGUAUAUGAUCCAGUCCCUGAUGGAGGUGGAGGCCCGGUUCAUCUCUGUGGAGCGGCUGCUCGAGUACAUCACGGGUUGUGAGUCAGAGGGCUCUGGGCCGGUGGGCCAGGUGAACCAGGUCUCAGAGGACUGGCCUCGGUGUGGAGCCAUCACCUUCCAGGACUAUCAGAUGAGGUACAGCCAAAACUCACCUGUCGUCCUCAACGGGCUGCAGCUCCACGUCAGCGGCGGGGAGAAGCUGGGCAUCGUGGGAAAGACCGGGUCUGGUAAGUCGUCUCUAGCGGCGGCUCUGUUCCGACUGGUGGAACCAGCUGCAGGAAGGAUCCUAAUCGACGGAGUGGACAUCACGUCCAUCAGUCUGUCUGACCUCCGCAGAAAACUGUCCAUCAUCCCCCAGGACCCUGUGCUGUUCACCGGGACUGUCAGGUACAACCUGGACCCGUUCAGUGUCCACAGUGAUGAAGAGGUGUGGGCAGCUCUGGAGAAGACCUACAUGAAGGACACAGUCUCAGGUCUGGAUGGGAAACUUCAGGCCGAGCUGACGCAGGACGAAGGGACGGUCUCUGCGGGACAGAGACAGCUGAUGUGUCUGAGCCGAGCUCUGCUCCGAAACUCCAAGAUUAUCCUGUUGGACGAGGCCUCGGCGUCUGUUGAUGCAGAGACGGACUCUCUGAUCCAAAUCACCAUCAGAGACUCCUUCCAGCACUGCACCACACUGACCAUCGCUCACCGCAUCCACACAAUCCUGCAGGUGGACCGGGUCCUGGUCCUCGACCACGGACAGGUCAUAGAGUUCGAUCAUCCAGACGUGUUGAAACAAAGACCAGACUCGCUGUUCUCCUCCCUGCUGACUGCUGCUAACACUGUGAUGUCCUGAAGUCUUCAAACACACCGCAGCGUGAUGCCCAGAACAAACUGAUUAGCUGCAGUUUUCAAUCUUUGGUUCAAUUUUACAAAUUAUUAUUUUAAUUUAAAACAUUUGAAAUAAAUUGUAUUUGUUGUUUUCAGUGU